CGAUAGUCGAUUGGGUAAUACUUGAAGCUUUGCAAACACCGAGCCAGUGUUGUAUCGACCUUCGCACGCACACCGCAUUGUGAUGGACAACAAAGCUUUGUACUUUGUAUUUUUCUUUGUCUUUAGUGUUCGGGGAGACAACAAAGUGCCUGUUGUAAAACUGAACGAUGGAAAGGAGAUACCUGGAUUCGGGUUCGGAACUUGGCUGGGUUUUGGCAAAAGGGCGUGGACAGACAAUCCAUCCGAUGAUGCUGUACAGAAGUCAGUAGAGUGGGCGAUCGAUGCAGGAUACAGACAUAUUGAUACUGCGUACAUAUACUUCAUCGAAGACCAGGUGGGUCGUGCGAUAGAAAACAAAAUAAAGCAGGGCGUAGUGAAGAGAGAAGAUCUGUUCGUCACAUCGAAACUAUGGAACACAUUCCACGCGAAGGAAGCUGUGGUGCCGGCGAUCAAGGACUCCCUGAAAAAACUGAAGCUGGACUACUUGGACCUCUAUUUGAUUCACUGGCCAGUGGCUCAGCACGCUAAUGAAUCCUUAGCUGAUAUCGACUAUCUGGAGACGUGGCAGGGUAUGAUCGAGGCGCUCAAUCAGGGCCUGACCAGGUCCAUCGGCCUGUCCAACUUCAACGAGAAGCAAAUAGAGCGAGUUAUAUCAAACAGCAAUGUCAAACCGGCGGCUCUACAAGUCGAGAUAAACCUGAACCUCCAGCAACCGUCACUACUAUCUUACUGCAAGAACCAGCAGAUCGCCGUGGUGGGGUACACACCGUUUGGGGCCCUGUUCCCCCACAGGGCACCGGCCGACGCUCCCCCGCCGCGCGUCGAUGAUGCAGCCUUGGUGGAAAUCGCCCAUAAACACAAAAAGACCGUCCCUCAGAUCGUUUUGAGAUAUAUUAUGGACUUGGGUGUGAUUCCGAUUCCAAAGUCCCUGACGAAGUCCCGGAUUGAAGAGAACUUCCAGGUGUUUGACUUCUCCCUGACGGAUCAGGAGCGAGCGACGUUACGCACCUUCGACAAAUCCUACAGGAUCAUACCUGUUAAGAACUGGAUCGAGUCGCCUUACUAUCCCUUUGAAAAAUAAAUAAUAAUCAUUUA